AUGGCGAUAAUUAUGAGUGGCUAUAAUAAUCCUAUAGAGUAUCCACAAAAACUGGCCGAUGUUGCCAAUACUCCUCGUGAAGAAACUCGCAAUUUUAACCCACAAAUGAUGAUUCCUCCUCCAUCCUAUUUUGGUUCUGGUCAAUAUCCCAACCAACAAAUGUAUUAUCCACCACAAUUCGAUACCUAUGGACCUGGAAAUGUUGUUUUUGUGCCACAAAACAACACGUAUUUUAGUCAUGUUGAGUACCGUCAGGGCGCCGGCGCCGGCGGGCAAACUCAGGUGGUGCGGCAAAACCUGAACGUGACCACCAAGUUUGGUGACGCAGUAAUGCAUCAUAGUCUGCGUGAUAUUCUGAGAGAUGUGCAGCGAGCGUUACCGGGGGUGCAUACUAAAGGAUUUGUUGAGCAGCUCCAGCAGGUGAUGGUGCGGCCGCCACUUUCGAGGGCGUCGGUGCGGCCCGAGGCGGCGGGUGGCGCGUCAAACCGACGGUCCAAGCGUCGGCUGAAGUAUACGCGCGAGCAAGACGAUUUGAUUGUGCGGUUGAAAAAAGAGGGCAAGCUGUGGGUGGAAAUCGCCGAGGUUUCGGGCGUGGGCAGUUACUUGGCGGCCCGUAACCGGUACCAGGUGAUUGUGGGGCAACAGGGAAACAACAAUUCUUCGUCGUGGACACCGGAAGACCGACGGGUUUUGCAUGAAGUAUUGGAUAAUGCCGAGCUUGAUAAAUGGCGGUGCAUUGCUGCUGAGCUCUCCAAGGCUUCAGGAAAGACAUUUACCAGUAAAGAGUGCCGUGAUAUGGUUCGGUACUUGUUUUGGACCAAUCCGUCGAGUUUCAGUGUUAGCGAUGAGGUGGUGACGGAAUGUGCCAAAGAGCAAAAAAUCACCGAACGGGCAGUUUUGCAAGAACAACAACUUCUCGACGAACAACACCAGCUGGAUCUUGCUUUGGGCUACGGAAAGCAAAGGGUUCCUAGUCAGUACCUGGCAUUUUUGCACCAAUCGCCAUCACAGGUUUUUCAGCGGUACGCAAAUCAACCAACCACCCAACCAAAUCUUAAUCAGCCAAACCACCAAAACCACCAAAACCAAUCAAACUUAAACCAGCCGAACCAGCCAAACCUUAAUCAGCCGAACCAGCCAAACCUUAAUCAGCCAGGCCCACCAAACCUUAAUCAACCCAACCAACCGAACCUUAAUCCCAACCAUCCAAACUUAAACCAACCAAGUCUUAACCAGUUGAAUCAACUCAACCAGCCAAAACUUCACGUUCACCUGUCUGGACUUCACCAUCACAAUCAUCAUCCACACCCUCAACAUCCUCAACCACAACCUCCAUACGACCACUUUCCACCCCAACCGUACCAUGACCGCCAGGAUGAUUACAAACUGUAUUAUUAG